UCUCAUCAUUCCGAUUUCAGACACUCCAUCGUCAUGCCUCAACUUGCUGAAGCCAGGAUCAAUCGCUUUCAAGUUUUUAGGGAUGCCCGCGGUGGAAUAGAAGAUGUCCAUUGUUGAUUGUUGAACCUCUCACGGGGCUUUUCUUCUUCGUCGUCGCUACUAUUCGAAACUCUCCACCGCUUCUACUUUGCCAUCCCUGCACUCUUAACUAUUUCAGAGCUUUCGCUGGAACCCUAAACCUAGAUGGAUGCUGCGGCGCUUUCACGGAUCGGGCUGGCGGGAAUUGCCGCACUUUUUCAGUACCGAGGAUUGGGGUUUGUGUUCCUCAGAAAGUUCACACAUUUCCAAAUGGUUAAAACCUUCCUUCCCGCAUAAUGAAAAUUUAAAAAAUGAUAAAAGCCUUAUCUGAUGGGCUGGUUCAUAGGAGAUUGUGCCCAUGUGGUGAUGACCGAUGCUAUAUCAGGACCGAAGGGGAGGAAGCAUGUUCAGCCUUUGACUCAAUGGAAUCUGGGGACCCCAACUAUUUGGUGGAAGGAACGCACAUUUCAUCAGAGAUUGCCAUGAACAUUCCUCCACCAUUUGUUGGGCAAACUUUCCAUAGCGAUGAAGAGGCCCUCAAGUAUUAUACCACCUUUGCUCGAAAUAAUGGCUUUCUGGUUAGGCGAGAACGGUCAAAGGGGAAUCCCGAACAUCCAAUGGGAGUUUACAAACGUGAGCUUGUUUGCCACCGUGCAGGACUUCCUUUGCUUAGAAAAUCCGAUGAUGUGAAGCGACAACGGGGCAGAAAAGCCUCACGCUGCAAGUGCGAGGCACAAAUGGUUAUAAAGAAGAAUAUUUCUGCAGGAGUUACUAAAUGGAUGGUGCUUAAUUUUAGCAAUGUUCAUAAUCAUGAGCUGAUGGAUUGUAGAGAAAUACCAUAUCCUCAGCGAAAUAAAGCGGCAGUUGAAAGGGAUCGAAUUCUUGCUCUUGCAAAGGGUGGUUGCACAGAGUCUCUUAUAUCGAAGACUCUCGAGAUGGAGAGAGGGGCAAGUGCUGAUCGGUUGGCAUUUGGUGAGAGGGAUGUGAAGAUUUUUCUUCAAGCGUCCAAGAAUAUUAAUCGGGAGAGCGAAGGGUCAGAGCUUCUUAAAACUUGCAGAGCAAUGAAGGAGAAGAAUCCCGAUUUUCGCUAUGAUUUCGUAUUAGAUGAGAACAAUAAGCUCGAGCAUAUUGCCUGGUCUUAUGCUAGUUCUAUACGUGCAUUCAAAUUGUUCGGUGAUGUCGUUGUUUUUGACACUACCUUUCAUCUAAAUGCAUAUGAUAGGCCCGUAGGUGUAUGGUUUGGGAUUGAUAAUUAUGGACACACUAUAUUCUUCUGUUGUGUCAUUUUGCUGGAUGAAAGGCCAGAGUCAUUGACGUGGUCCUUACAGGCUUUUCUCCGACUAAUGGAUGGAAAGUUCCCACAGACAAUAUUAACUGACAUGAAUACGAGGCUUAGAGAUGUAAUGUUGACCCACCUUCCCAAUGUCAAGUACGCUUUCUGUAUAUGGCAUGUAAUAUCCAAGCUACCAAGCUGGUUUUCUGCUUUACUUGGUGCUGAAUUUGAUAGAUUUAAAAUUGAGUUCCAGAGGAUGCGUGAUUUAGAGAAUAUGGAGGAAUUUGAGGAUCAAUGGGCCAAUAUGGUCAUGGAUUUUGGCAUUGGGGAAGAUAAGCAUGCAUCUCUUCUUUAUUCUAACAGGUUCUACUGGGCUUCACCAUACUUGCAAGGUUGGUUUUUCGGCGGUUUAUUGACGGUCAGUCAUUUGUCAUGUAUUCAAUCACUUUUUAAAGGGUUUCUGCACUUGCAGACCCGUCUAAAGGAUUUUAUAGAACAGGUGGGUGUUGCAGUUGAUUUCCAGAAUCAGGCAGGAGAAGAGGCCACAUCGCGAGAAAAUCAACAGACUGUCAAUCUUAAGACUUGCAUGCCCAUUGAAGAACAUGCAUCAACAAUUCUUACACACUACGCCUUUGGCAUGUUUCAGAAGGAAAUAAUGGCAUCAGCCCAGUUUGCAGUUUAUGAAACAACGGCAGAGAAUUACCUUGUAAGACACCAUGCCAAGUCUGAUGGAGGGCAUUUUGUCAGCUGCGUACCUUCAGACGAAUAUGUUCACUGCAGCUGCAAAGGAUUUGAAACCAAUGCCAUAUUAUGCAGGCAUGCUCUUCGAGUUCUUUCAUUGAAGAAUUGCUUCUUCAUUCCUGAUAAGUAUUUGUUGACUCGUUGGCGUCGAGAAAGCUCACUUUUUCCAAAAUGCAGCAGCCACAAGUAUCGUUCGCAAGCACUGCGGUCUCUUGCUUCGAUUAUAAUCCAGGAAUCUGCGUUAACAAAGGAUCGUUUUGAUUAUGUGGAGUGGCAUCUGAGCAGAAUUCUAAGCCAUGUUAGGGAGAUGCCAGCCAUUGAUUUAACUGCAUCAAAUGUGGAGCAAAUUUCAGGUUUUGAUGAUGUGGUAGAUAUUGCUACUGCGCCAUCAAUCACUAGAGGGAGACCGAGAAAAGUAAAACAAUUUGUCAAGCCAACAAAGGAAAUGCAUGCGUCAUCUUAGGGCUGCUUAUAUUCUUCCCUUUCAAUUCUGCCGUUCUUGCAGGAAGUAAAUAUAGGCUUAUGGGUAAUUUCUUCCCUGUUACUCUUGAAAAUUAGCAUUUUGGUUGGAGGACUAUAGUGUGAUUAGGGAAUAUUAUAAUGAUGCUUAAUUGUCUUCUGAAAUUGUUUUUGGUUAUAUUCGUGUGUGACCCACUGCAAGAAAAAGAAAGAAUAACUGCUGCAGUUUUGAGGCACAGUAACCUGUUUAAAAUUGCAGGUUGGGUCUUGUAUUGUGCUUAGUCUUUAAAAGAAUAAAAAAAUGUUGUACAUUUUAUUUAUUUAUUAUGCAUUAAUUUUU